ACCUUUAGGCUUUAAGUUUAACGACGUACACAAUAACCUAUUCAGCUUAUCCGUAUCGUCAUUGAUAAUAUGUUAUACUGAUAUAAAUGUUGUUAAUAAUGAUACUUUCUACUCGCUUGUUUGCUUUAACGAAUUUGUUUAGCUAAUUUUCGAUCACUUAAUUCAUAAUUGUUCACAUGAUAAAUCAAACGUCACUGAUCGAGAGACGUGAGUCACCGCACUUUACACUUAAAUAUGAUUGGGACGUAUUAUACUAAGAUGACAUAUAGAUGUAAUAUUAAUAUGCUGGCUCCCCCCCCCCCCCCCCCUCCCUCCGUAAUCGGUUUUACACAUUGACAUUGCUAUUGACAUUUACACAUUGACAUUGCAAAAUUACACUAGCGUAAUCAUUUUCAGGAAUGUAAAGUGUUGUGCCGCUAUUCGGAUUCCUAUACUCAAUUUCCCAAAUAACAUUGUCGUCUCAUUAAUCUAAUUUUUAACCUGAUGAGGAGCUUCGUGUGAGGUUUAGGACCACAAACUGAAAAUAUAACCGCAGUUUAGAGUCUUUUCCAAAUCCAACCACUUCUGACGACAAAAAAACCUAAACUAUGAUCAAUCCAUGAACCAACUUUAUUCGAAGACGAAAUCUUCACAAAAACGUAAAAAGAAAAAAGUGAAAAAAGCCCCUUCAGUAAAUGUAGCUCCCGGGGAUGAAAGCAACACAGAAAAAGAAAGACUAAGGGUUGGAUUUGUUGACAAAAAUGUUUUCGAUCAAGAUUUAGUCAGACAUGUAAAAGAGGAGGAGGAGAAAUUGAAAUUGUUAAGGAAGUUGAACUUGAAGGAAAGUCGGAUUGUUGCCAACAAGUCAGUCAUUGAAAGGGAAGAAGAACAUUUGCGAUCAUUUCUUGAGAACACUAGCAGAGAAGUGUACGAGAAUGAUGAGGAACAAAGAAUUGAUGAGCUGAUGAAAACGAAAGCAGCCGUCCUUGAGGAUCAGAACCCUGCGUUUCGUGAUGAAAAUGAAAACGAAGAAAGGACAGUGAUGAAUCGUGCUGAAGAGAAUGAGCCUUCUGAGUUGCAUGCGGAGUAUGUGCGGAAUAUGAACAGAGAAGAAGAACGACUAAGGGUUGGAUUUGUUGACAAAAAUGUUGUCGAUCAAGAUUUAGUCAGACAUGUAAAAGAGGAGGAGGAGAAAUUGAAAUUGUUAAGGAAGUUGAACUUGAAGGAAAGUCGGAUUGUUGCCAACGAGUCAGUCAUUGAAAAGGAAGAAGAACAUUUGCGAUCAAUUCUUGAGAACACUAGCAGAGAAGUGUAUGAGAAUGAUGAGGAACAAAGAAUUGAUGAGCUGAUGAAAACGAAAGCAGCCAUCCUUGAGGAUCAGAGCCCUGCGUUUCGCGACGUUAAUGAAGACGAAGAAAGGACAGUGAUGAAUCGUGCUGAGGAGAGUGAGACUUCUGCAUUGCAUGCGGAGUAUGUGCGGAAUAUGAACACAGAAGAAGAAAGAUUAACGGUUGGAUUUGUUGACAAAAAUGUUGUCGAUCAAGAUUUAGUCAGACAUGUAAAAGAGGAGGAGGAGAAAUUGAAAAUGUUGAGAAAGUUGAAGCAAAGUCGGAUUGUAGCAACCGAGUCAGUCAUUGAAAAGGAAGAAGAACAUUUGCGAUCAUUUCUUCAGAACACUAGCAGAGAAGUGUAUGAGAAUGAUGAGGAACAAAGAAUUGAUGAGCUGAUGAAAACGAGAGCAGUUGUCCUUGAGGAUCAGAACCCUGCGUUUCGUGAUGAAAAUGAAGACGAAGAAAGGACAGUAAUGAAUCGUGCUGAGGAGAAUGAGCCUUCUGAGUUGCAUGCGGAGUAUGCGCGGAAUAUGAACACAGAAGAAGAAAGACUAAUAGUUGGAUUUGUUGACAAAAAUAUUGUCGAUCAAGAUUUAGCCAGACAGGUAAAGGAGGAAGAGGAGAAAUUGAAAAUGUUGAGAAAGUUGAACUUGAAGGAAAGUCGGAUUAUUGCCAACGAGUCAAUCAUUGAAAAGGAAGAAGAAUAUUUGCGAUCAAUUCUUGAGAACACUAGCAGAGAAGUGUACGAGAACGAUGAGGAACAAAGAAUUGAUGAGCUGAUAAAAACGAGAGCAGCUGAAAUAAUCCCCGAAGUAGUAGAGGCGAGCAUAGAGUAUCAAGACGAAAACAUAAAGUUAGAUCGGGCCCACACUGUACGGACCACACUGGAAGGAGAGACAAAACAUGACUCUAACAUUCGUGGGAUAAUGAACUGGUACGACGGCAAAAAGAGGAACGAUGCAAACGAGGACAAAAUUACCCGUCAGAUCGAAGAUGCGAGACUUAGAGAUAACAUUGCAAAACAUGCCACAUUUCAGAAACGAGAAUCAGAACUCAUCCUGAAACAAAACACAAGGAAGAAUCUUGCAGCUGUUGAUAACACCAAGGGUCCCAACAAGGGUAAACUCCAUUUCCGUACUGCGGGUGGUGUUAUUAAUUUUGUUAUGAAUGAGAGUGGAAAGUUCGCUGCUCAGAAUAUUGUCCACAAGUUAUCAAAGGACCAUAAUUUCAUCCAUCAAAAAAAUGAGCACAUUCAGAAUUCAGACUGUGUUCUUCAAAAUAACGUCGUUGAAUGGGCCCUCAAUAUGGAUAGUGACUAUGUAAACUUACGGUUGAAUGUAAUUGACUGUAAUUCUUUUAAUGACGCAACAGGGACGAAAACCCACAACGACAGAAACGAUUGCACAGUCGUUAACCUGACUCGAAAGCAUUUUAUUCCAACCGACGCUUCAGUUGGGCGCGAAGCCAAUAAGCACAUCCGUUCUAAAGACUCGCUCGUGGAAAACUUUAAGUCGCACGAUCUGAGGCUGGUAUCCCGAUACCAUAACCACGUGAGAGGACAUCAUCUUUGUCCUGAGGGUGUGUUUGUCCAACGAGCUCAUAAAAUGCAAUUCCCUCUGCCAAACACUACAGAUCUCAGAAAUUCUUGCACUUAUUUCAUUCCUCCGUCAAACUCACUGAUUAAUCGCAGCAAAGGGGCUAAUAUUUCGCAAGGUUGUGUGAUAACAGGGAAGGACAUGUUCUGGGAUUUGUGUGAUAAUGGUAAUAUAGUUCAAAAAGCACUGAGACACAGUUUGGCUUUAACCGGCUCUCAGGACCGACAAAACCGUCAAUACUCCAUCCCUCUAUCAGGGUCACAGGACGAGAACCACCCUGUGUAUUUUAUCCCGGAUAAUAAGUUAAUAAACAGAGCGACGAUCAGACCUAUCCCCAAAGCCGGCUUGGGUGAUCUGAGGAACAACACUCGCCAUAAUAAUCACCGGAAAAAAACCUACUCUCCUUGGAAACGCAGCAAGUUUAGUAUCAGCUCAGAGGGUUCGCUGGAACGCAAGCAAAAGUUUGGUAGAUUUGGUGAUGCUGCUUGGAAGCCGUGUGACAAUAGCUACGAAAUAUUCGAUGGCUUGUCCAUUGACGAGGAUUAUCUCAAUGAGUUAGAUGAAGAAGAUGUGUAGUGCAAGAGUGGAAUUGCUUUGAGUAUUUGUAUCUUGAUAUUGGAAAUGAUAUUGACAAACAUUGCAUGCUAACUACAGUACUAUUAGACUCGUAAAAAUAGAAUGAUCUACGUAGAAAUACCUCUGAAUGGUUCGGGUUGCCGUUACACGUUAAUUGUUGAAAUUACAAAGUUUUUCUUCAGAGUCUAGUUUACGUGUUAAUAACGACUUUAUUUUUGUUUGUUUUUUAAAAUAACCAAUUUUAAAGUAAUGAUAAUGAUAUUACCUUUUUAUUUAUUUUUUA